UCGCCGCGCGUAAAAUCGCUCAGGACAAACCCCGACGGAAUCUGGACCUAACGCCACGGAAUACAUAUAUACGAGUGACAGUGGCGGUGACUAAGGUAUCGACAGUCACACUCGUCCUCCACAGUUCGACCAUCGUCAUACAGUGGUGCUUGUAUCGCAGUUACACGCGACUUAAAUAGGAUACCAAAUUUUCGUAUACGGAACGAAGAAACAUUUCACUUGCUUCGAUAAGCCUUUAAUCGCGUUUCAGUGAUUCAUCUUCGUCCUGUAGCUCAGUUGAGUAAAUUUCAUGUUUAAGAAGUUGUUCUCGGAAGAUUAAUCACUCGCGCGGCGAGACGUAUUUUUUCGCGGCCAACGAUACUUGUCAACGCUCGCACCACGCAUGACUCGAUGAUUGCACAUCGGCGUUUCCGCGAUCCGUCUAACUUGCGAAGCGCAUCCGCGGUUACCGGCACGUGUUUCACUGAACGGAUAAUCGUUUAUCGUGUCGUAGUAAUCCCGUUCCGCGAGGCUCGCAUAAUGUCAUAAUUAUGUGAUUUGACUUCUGAUUGAAUAUCAGCCCUCGCGAAAGGACUCGCGGUGUGGUUCAGAUCGGUAAAAAGAAGAAAAAAGAGAAAAAAGAAAAAGAAAAGAAAGUGGUGAUACAAUUGUUCGAACGUGGUGAAGUGUUUUCGAAUUAAAUCUGUUACGGUGGCCAUCAUCGCUAUUCUAACACCUUCGAAAAUGAAAUUGAUCUUUUCAUUAUUAACAAUCGCAUCCUUGGUGAACGCUCAUGGCGAGCCUUGCCUCGAGUACGGAUGUCCAGGCCGACCACAAUACGAACCUUUUGUACCCGCACCUCCGGGGCACACACCAAAUUGCGCAAAGCCAGGACAAACGUUCUGUGAAAGUCUCGAUCAUUAUCCUCGACAGUUAAUUAAAUUUCUUGUGGACAAAUGCAGCUUCGACUUCAGUUCUGUAUUAAAGGACGAGUCCAAAGAGGACUUCAGUGAUUACAGGUCGGUACCGGAAUACUCCGUGGGAUAUGAUUAUCAGGCGCACGGGGAGGGUCAGUUUCACUCGUUACCAUUCUUACCGCCGCCGCAGUAUCCCGUUCGAGGGCAGCCGCCGCUCAUUUACGGGACCCCGACGAACGACACUCAGCAGAAUGGCUACAGGUACACGACACCGGCCCAAGGGAAUCCGUUUUUACGCGAGGAACCGGCGCCUGCCAAGUUUCAUCCUACAGAGCAAAGAGUCACGCCGGAUCGUUCUUUUUACGCUCAGCCACAGACUUUGAACUUUGGACAGGGUCAAGCGUGGUGGUCAAACAGAUACGCUAGAAGCAGUAAAAUUGCACCACGUACGUCCUACGAAAAUCCGUUAUUGAAAUAUAGUAAAUUGAGUAAGACGCGUAACAAGAGGCAGUCGAAUCUCGAUGCAAUUCCACUUUGCCCAACGGAGACACAAUAUAUCACUCCGAGAGCGGCUCUGAACAACCAAGGAAACUGGAUGUACGUGGUGAAUCUUCAAGAGAACGACCGGAAAUAUUCGCAGGUGGUGAAGAGUGAGAAAUGCACGAUGGAUGUUUGCAACGGUAUCUGUUCCGUUCCUGCGGGAUACACCAGUAGAUGUCAGCAACAGUAUGUCCAAAAGCGAUUAGUGGCAUUGGAAGGAAGCGGAAACCAGUUGUACACGGACGUUUUCUGGUUCCCCCAUGGCUGCGCCUGUGAAAUUAUAGCAAACUAUUGAAAACACGAAUGAAUCACGAAGUCUGAAGAAAUUUCACUUGUGGACAAACUGAAAUUGUAUAUCCUUGUCAGCAAAAAAUGUAGUAUUACGAAAGUCUUCGUGAUGAAUUUUUGAGACAAAUUAUUUUGUCAUACUUUGGUAUUGAAAAGCAAAAGAAUAUUAGACCGCCAUGAUAGCCAAUGGAUGAAAAAAUGAAGAAAGAACUUCUCGAAGUGCGUGAUUUAUGGAUUCGUACGUGUAUAAAUAAUUGAAUAAUCAAGGAUUUCGAAGGAGAAUUCUUAAAGGAGAUCGAAGGAGCUUCAGUUUACAUAAAAAGAAAAAUGAACUUAAAAUAUUAA